AUGGAGAGAUAUUAUGGGAUAUUUGAUUUAUUGAGCAGUAACGAAGACGAAGAGUGUUUGAAGGGUGACUAUGCAUGCAAGAGAACUCUUUAUUGUUUAGCAAAUAAUUUUUUGGUGACUCGAAGAGCUUCUAACGAGUUGAUUAGUUUCGCAAAACCACGUACCAGCUAUUCUUCAAAUAGUUUUGGUGGAGUGUGUUGUAGUUUGAGAUCUGAUUGGUGUACAGUUUCACGGAAAGUUUCUUCGUAUAGUAUAAGUACAUCUGCUGAAAGUGCAACACUAGCUCAAGAUGCAAUUUUUGAUUCAGCUGACCGUAGAGAUGGAUUAGCGAACCCCAGUUCUUCAAAUGGUAGAGUUAUGCUCAUUGAUGGAACAUCAAUCAUUUAUAGGGCAUACUACAAGCUUCUUGCUAAAUUGCACCAUGGCCACCUCUCAGAUGCUGAUGGAAAUGGGGAUUGGGUCUUAACCAUUUUUACAGCCCUGUCUCUUAUAAUUGAUGUCUUGGAAUUCAUCCCUUCACAUGUGGCGGUGGUUUUUGACCACAAUGGAGUUCAAUACGGUCAAACUUCUCUUUCAUCCAAUCAAAGUUUUGUUGCAAAAGGCCUAAAUUUUCGUCACACCCUUUACCCUUCAUACAAAAGCAAUCGGCCUCCCACACCAGAUACCAUUAUUCAGGGACUUCAGUACUUGAAAGCAUCCAUCAAGGCAAUGUCUAUUAAAGUGAUUGAGGUGCCAGGCGUCGAAGCUGAUGAUGUAAUUGGGACCUUGGCUGUUAGGAGUGUAAAUGCAGGAUUCAAGGUGCGAGUUGUCUCCCCAGACAAAGAUUUUUUUCAGAUUCUGUCUCCUUCAUUGCGUCUAUUAAGGAUUGCUCCUCGGGGACUCGAGAUGGUAUCCUUUGGCGUGGAGGAUUUUGCUAAGAAAUAUGGAACACUAGAACCUUCUCAGUUUGUUGAUGUGAUGUCACUUGUAGGAGACAGAGCCGAUAAUAUACCAGGAGUUGAAGGUAUUGGAAAUAUACAUGCUGUGCAGUUGAUUUCAAAGUUUGGUACAUUGGAAAACCUGUUGCGGAGUGUUGAACAAGUUGAUGAGGAGCGAAUCAGAAAGGCCUUGACAUCAAAUGCUGAGCUGGCUCUUCUAAGCAAGAAUCUGGCCAUGUUACGUUCUGAUCUGCCAUUCUACAUGGUUCCAUUUUCAACGGAAGAUCUGACUUUUAUGAAACCAGAGGAUAAUGGGGAGAAAUUCACAAGCCUCUUGACAGCUAUUAGUGCUUAUGCAGAAGGAUUUUCUCCAGAUUCUAUCAUUAGAAAGGCUUUUUAUUUGUGGAAGAAGCUUGAAAGACAAUGA